AUGGAGGUGCAGCGGGACCUGGGCCGUCGGCAGGCCACGACCGUCAAGAUCGGCGACGAGCGCAUGGACUUUGACCAGUGCUACGACGAGACCGCGACGCAGCACGAGCUCUUCCGGCGCGAGAUGGCCGCCGCCAUCCCACUCGCCUUUGACGGCAAGAGCACGACGCUCAUCGCGUACGGCCCUGGAAAGAGCGGCAAGACGUUUACGAUCGACGGAUCGACGACGAGCCCUGGCCUUGUACCCCGCACGAUGCAGCGCUUGCUCCAGUUCCAGCAAGCGUCGGCGCCCCUGCAUACGAUCCAACUGAGCGUCCUCGAGAUCCACCGCAACAAGGUCUUUGACCUCCUCGAUACGAAGAGCGAUCGAACCGACCUGCCGAUCCGGCAAUCGGCGACAGGCAACGUCGUCGUUCCUGGUCUCGCCACGCUGCCAAUCACGACAUUCGCGCAGUUUAGAAGGCUCUACGAGCACGCGAGCCGCCCCCAAAGCCGCGAGAGUCACAAAAUCGUCACGUUCUCGGUGCAGACGACCGGCGUCGAUGGCGAGCCCACAGCCGGUACGAUCCAUCUUGUGGACUUGGCCCGCGUCGACGAGUCGCGCCGACGGAGCCUGCAGCCUCGGUCCAGCGACAGCAGCAGCAACGCGAUGACGUUUUUCGUCCUCGGCAAAGUUCUCGGCGCAAUCAACGAAGGCAAGUCGCUCGUACCGUUCCGCGAUAGCAAGCUCACACGCCUUUUGCACGACGGACUCUGCCGCGACAUGCACGCAGCGACGCUCCUCUGCACCGUAUCGACCGCCAACGUUGACGAUGCUUUCCACGCAUUGCAGUACGCAGCCAAGGUCCGUCACCCAACGACGCUCCGAAGCCCGAUGCAAAUGACGCCCGAGACGUCGGCCCUGCCACCACCCGACCCGACGCCAACGCUCAGCUCCCUCGAAGAGCGCCUCGAAGCGUGGCCCGACGAAGCGACCACGGGCGCCAAGCUUUGCAUCCGACGAGCCACCCAAAAGCCAAAGCUCGAGUCGCCACCCAAGACACCGGUCGCUCUCAAGGCGGCGCCGACGGGCACGCCCAAGACGCCGAGUCGCAUUCCGAUGCGCCGGGAGAGCAUCGCUCCGCUAACGACCGUGCGCAAGCCGCUGAGCAACCUCACCAACCUCCCACCGACCAUCACGCCGACCAAGGACACCUUCCAGACCCCCGUGAAGGUCAGCAAGCCAAGUACUGCCGAUAUGAUUCGCAAGCUUCUGCAUCUGGCCAUGACAUUCGAGAAGCGCGAUCGGCUGGCCGCGGCCCUUGCCGUGUACAACUGCACCAACUGCCUCCUCCCAGCAACCAGCACCAAGCUCAAAGCGCGUAUCGACCGCCUCCAAACGGAGCUAACGAGUGCACGUCACAUGUUGGUGGAUUUAAAAGCACCGAUCGAGACGACGCUUCAAGCCAUUCUGACCAACGAUGUCCUCGAGACGCUCAACACAGGCUCGAAGCCAGCGCUGUUGGAGCUCCAGGGCAUUGGUGGGAAGCGCGCGGCGGAGAUUUUGCGUGCCCGACGCCUCGGACCGUUCACAUCCGUGCACGAUUUACACCGGGCCGGCAUGUCGACCAAGCACAUUCAGAGUUUUCUCGAGUGCAACGUGGCCUCGCCAGCCCGCUUAUAG